UUUUUCCUUUUAUACUCCAAAGCACCCAUCGUCGUUUACUUUUUAUCACCUUCUCCGCAGAUCCCUCUCUCUCACUUGCUUCACUUUCUUCUUUCGUAGAGAUUCAAAGCUGCAAUCCCUUUAUAAAAAUGUGUUCAAAUCUUUGAACUUUGAAACAAGGUUUUCAGCUGCUGCGGACUAAUAAGAGAGAGACAGAGAAAAAAAAGUUGAGAUUUUGUGUGUAUAAACGGAAAUGGGCGUUUGCACUUCUAGACCCAAACCCUCUCAAGAGCUCAAUUGCCAUUCAUCAGAUGAAAUUCGGGAUAAUUAUGCCCCGAAUCAGAAUAACGGUGAGCACCAAGUUCCUUCGAAGAACAGCCGCGAGAAUGGGAGAACUUCUGGAAGCUUCGAGAAGAACAAGAGCGAGGAAAAAGGUGAAGCAGGAAAAAAGUCUCCGUUUUUCCCCUUCUAUAGCCCGAGCCCGGCUCAUUACCUCUUCUCCAAGAAGUCUCCGGCGAGAUCUCCGGCGCCAGGGAGCGGCACGCCGAGGAGGUUUUUCAAGAGGCCGUUUCCGCCGCCGUCUCCGGCGAAGCAUAUCAAGGCGGUGUUGGCGCGGCGGCACGGCUCGGUGAAGCCGAAUGAGGCGGCGAUACCGGAGGGGAAGGAGGUGGAAGGGGCGGGUUUGGAUAAAAGCUUCGGCUUUUCGAAGAAUUUCUACAGCAAAUAUGAGGUUGGGGAAGAAGUUGGGCGAGGGCAUUUUGGGUAUACUUGUAAGGCCAAGUUCAAGAAGGGGGAGCUCAAGGGCCAGGAGGUUGCUGUUAAGUUCGUACCUAAAGCCAAGAUGACCACUGCUAUAGCCAUUGAAGAUGUGAGGAAGGAGGUGAAGAUAUUAAGAGCAUUGACAGGUCACAACAAUCUCAUCCAGUUUUAUGAUGCUUAUGAAGAUCAUGACAAUGUUUAUGUAGUCAUGGAGUUAUGUGAAGGAGGUGAACUUUUGGAUAAAAUACUUUCGAGGGGUGGCAAGUAUACAGAAGAAGACGCAAAAUUGGUGAUGAUACAAAUACUGAAUGUUGUUUCGUUCUGCCAUCUCCAGGGUGUGGUGCACCGGGAUCUUAAACCUGAGAAUUUCUUGUUUACAACCAAAGAAGAAGACUCAACAUUGAAGGCCAUUGAUUUUGGAUUAUCAGAUUUUGUAAAACCAGAUGAAAGGCUUAAUGAUAUCGUUGGCAGUGCAUAUUACGUAGCGCCUGAAGUUUUACAUAGGGCAUACAGUACUGAGGCCGAUGUUUGGAGCGUUGGCGUUAUAGCAUAUAUAUUGUUAUGUGGGAGCCGGCCAUUUUGGGCUCGAACUGAAUCUGGCAUCUUUCGAGCUGUUGUUAAAGCUGAACCAACUUAUGAGGAACCACCUUGGCCAACUUUGUCUUCUGAGGCCAAAGAUUUUGUCAAGCGUUUGCUUAACAAGGAUCCGAGGAAACGGAUGAGUGCAGCUCAAGCCAUGUGUCAUCCGUGGCUCAGAAAUACCAGUAACGUAAAAGCACCAUUGGAUAUAUUGAUAUUUAAGCUCAUGAAAGCGUAUAUGCGAUCAUCUCCCCUAAGAAAAGCUGCACUACGGGCUUUAUCGAAAACACUGACAGCUGACGAACUCUUCUACCUGAGGGAGCAGUUUGCACUGCUCGAGCCAAACAAAAACGGCACCAUAUGUUUAGAUAAUAUUAAAACGGCCUUGAAGAAAAACGCAACUGAUGCCAUGAACGAAUCUCGCAUCUUUGAUUUUCUUGCUUCGCUGAAUGCACUUCAAUAUAGAAGAAUGGAUUUCGAAGAAUUCUGUGCUGCUACUUUGAGUGUGUAUCAGCUGGAAGCGCUGGAUAGAUGGGAGCAACACGCACGUUGCGCUUACGAGCUCUUCGACAAGGAUGGCAACAGGACUAUCAUGAUCGAGGAACUCGCUUCGGAACUCGGGCUUAGCCCUUCGGUCCCUGUUCAUGCUGUUCUUCACGACUGGAUCAGACACACCGACGGGAAGCUCAGUUUCCUCGGAUUUGUGAAGCUGUUGCACGGCGUGUCCAGCCGGGCUCUGGGGAAACCUCAUUAGGAUGAUAGUGGUGAUAGAGCAUGAAAGAUCUGGCAAACAGAAUUAAAGAAAAGGAGUUCUGCAGCCAGUGUAAAGCCAUAGUUAAUUUUGAGAGCAGGUUGAAGUGGACAUUCAUAUCAUAGCACACCCAUUUCGUCUGACAUACGACGCUCGCUGCCUGACAUAACCUUCCUUUGUACAUCUUCUUCCACCAUCUAAUCUAUUCAUUCUCCUUUUUCUUUUUUUAUUUUCAGCAAUAUUAUUUAAUGGGAAAUUAAUGUGAAACACGAACCUAUGUACAGAAUUGUUCAUGUGUGGAGUUGUUGAAGUUCAACUAUAUAUUUGAUUGUUCAAUCAAGCCAAAA